AUGGGUAAUCUAAUGAUGACUGACAAAGCUUCCAUUAACAUUACGGAGUGGUCUCCAGAGUACAUUAGAAAAUAUCUUGAGAAGCAUAUGAAGAGUUCGCAUUUUAAAGAGGAUGCUAUUAAUAAGUUACUAGGUCAAGACGUCGAUGGAUGGCUUUUUCUUAAAUUAACUGAAGAAAAACUUACCCGUAAAAAUGGUCCUUAUGAACUCAAACCCAGUCCUGCAGAAAGGAUCAUAGAGUUAGUUGAGAGACUCAAAGAAAAACAAGAAAUACCUCCUGCAUCCGUUAAAGUCAUAACUGCUAUUGAAUUCAAAAAAUUCCUCAUCACUGACAUUAAUCACCUUACUUCCGAUGUUAAUACAACUAAAGAAGAUAUUAAGGGAAUUAACGGCUGUUUAAUUAUUUAG